AUGUUCAGAGGUUCUUUAUUGAGAUCUUGGAUGACCUGGACUCAGACUUGGAUGUUUCUUUGGGUACAUAUUCAAUAUGUCAUCAAGCAGGGGAGGGGAGGGACAUUGCUUAACACCCAAUUCGCGUCGGCUCAGCAUGGAAUUCUCGUUGGGUCUAAGACUCACCCGGAUCCUCACGUGGAUCGUAGUGCUCAGUCUCUAAGGGAACCUUGGGAACCUGGAUUUCAACAAGUGACUGCACAUUCGGUUCCCGGUCUCCGAUCUUGCAUGGAACUGGGUUUUUAUCGCCUUCGCCUAUUUGGGAAUUGGACUACGAGCUCUGAAGGCGACGAUGAUGACGGUUAUGAUGACCACGACUACGUCGACGACGUCAAGGUCCGAUAUAUCGCUUCCUCCAACGGCGCCUCUCACGACCUUCGAAAACCCCGUGUUGGACCUUUGAGCCUGAGGAUUUGUAUCGCCAUUGGCAAGGACCAUCUGACGUCAAAGUGUGGAUUUGGGAGCGCAAUGGCAGCAGCGAGACAGGUGGUGCCAGGCGUCCGAUCCAAGCGCGGGAUUCGCACCGUCACCUGCCAGAGCAUCAGUUCUAACGUACCAAGUAUAAUUCACUCCAUUCAACCUCAGUCUGAGAAUGUCGACUGUAACGACUCGCAAGUCGAGACUCGAGCCUGGCCAUGGGGCUGGCAGCCCUGGCUCGCACUCUCCGAAGUUGGUACUACCUACGGUGUCUCCGUUUGUCUCUACUGUGUCACAUUUCCUUCAACAUGGGUUCGCCGUUCGUUUUUACGCAUUCUGGGUCCCCAUUUGCUGUCACAGGCAUGGGCCUUCCAUUCGCUCGAGCUCCAAUUGGAUACUGCCAUGCGCCUCUACGUUGUCUUCCCUCCCAAGAGGAUCUACAGGUUCUGUGAUCCCAUUCCAAUCCCGCAGGGUGUAGGCGGUCCAAGCCAACAACACGCAUGUCCCCUUCCUCUCCCGCCGCAUGACGGACAAUACCUUCUUUUAGCCCCCCCACCUCUUUCCGUGGCAUCUCAGGCCACGGCUUGGUGUUGGAGUUGA